GUCCCGAGGUUGUGGUGGAAUGCUGUAUACACAGUAGAGGCAACUCGCCUCCAGCAUCAUUCGGUGCAACUGCAAGAUGCAGCAAUGCCCGGCGGCACGAGCCGUCAGAACAGAAUCUAAAUCCUGGCCUAUCAGGACGAGCAGCCGAGAACAACGUGGAUGGAGCGAUUCCACUUGGCAGCAGCACUAAAGUGAGACCGCAUGGAGACGAAACAGGCGACGGCCAUGGAGAGUGGCUCUCCAGCAGCUUCGAUGGAGAACAGAGAGGUUAUGACGUGCCGAUUAAACGAUUUGUCUCACAUUUCUCCGAGACACGGCAGGAAAAAUGAUGCUGUUGAGGGAAGGAUAAUUAUAGAACGACGAUCUCCAAGCCAGGAGCCGUUCCGAGGAUCCGAUGGCCGUUCCCCCCAGUCUCCAGUCGGACAUGCCGAUCCGCCCCCGAGUCUGAAGAAUGAGAUUAGGAUGGACGGAGGAGAAACAAUCCCUUUUUCCAAGGGAUUCCCUGAGCCUCCUCCGAUGAACGUCAUUGCCGCAUGCGCACCGCCACUGGAAAUACGAGCCCUGCAUCGCCGCAUUCCUCGGUUGAACAGCGGUUCCCCCGGGGCGAGUCCUACGGAUUUCCUGCCAGAACUCUAAUCUAGAGCCGGAGCCAGCCAGUUCAUUCAUUCUUCUGGCGCAGUGCAUACAGUACAGGUUCUCCAAAAAAUGCAGUGUUCGAUGGGUUGAUCAUUUUGUCCUCUAACCGUGCGUGCGCGGGACCGUGAAACCAGACGCGAACCUUCACACCGUACAAGGCAAGUUACAGGAAGGGGAAAGCAAGACAGGAUUAAGUAGACAUCAAGAAGAGGAAAGCCCACCAAGAGAA